UACCAUGCCUAGUCAAAAUUUCUAUCAGAAAAACAUUGUUGGCUUUUGUAUCUUGUUAGGAAUUGCAAGCGAGUUACAAGCAAGUAUCAGUCUUGGUACAUGUCGCCUUUCUUGCGAACAAAACGAAGAAGAAUUGCCUUCCAUGGAAAGGGGACCCCCCGGUUUUGCGGGAAAACGGGGACCAAAAGGAGAGCCUGGAAUCCCUGGCCCUCCGGGACCACUUGCUUCUAUUAGCGAAGAGUGUGGAGCUAUUGCUGAACGAAAUCAGGAGUUGGAACGUAAAAUUGAGGAAAUAAAUGGUCGCAUGUUCCCGCGUGACUGCAUUGAAAUCAAGAAACAUGUCUUAUCGAGUGGAACGUUUGUCAUUUAUCCGUUCCUCGAAUCAAGGAAAGGAAUCCAGGUUUAUUGUGACCAAGAAACAGACGAUGGAGGUUGGAUAGUUAUUCAAAGAAGACUUGACGGAAGUCAAGAUUUUUUUCGUGUAUGGGACGAUUACGUCAAAGGAUUUGGUUACAAGGAAAGAGAGUUCUGGUUAGGUCUUGAAUAUAUUCAUGGAAUCACAAGUAACUCUACGUAUGAAGUGCGAUUUGACUUUUUCACUAAGGAAAACACAACUCUCUUUGCGAAAUAUAGAAAUUUCAAACUUGCGGAGCGGAAGACAGCUACAGAAUAACUUUAGGUCGUUAUACGGAAACGCAGGUGAUUCGAUGGCACACCACAACAAUAAUCAAUUUUCUACAAAAGACCAGGAUAACGACAACAGUCCAUUGGAACAUUGUGCAGAAAAAUACACUGGGGGGUGGUGGUACAACUUUUGCCACCACGCUAACCUAAAUGGCCAAUAUCAUGAAACAGAUGAAAAAGGACUAUCAUGGUUCGAAUAUGAGAAUAGCCACACGCCUUUCAUUGAAUGGGUGGAAAUUAAGAUAAGAAAAAGCGAGUGAAAAAUGAAGACUAACAACUGGCGUAUUGAUUAAGCCGUAUUACUAGCAUUAGAAGACUUUCAAGCUAUAAACCCGAUUUCGACUUUAGCUUGGAAAAGCAAUUCCAACUCUGCCAGAAGACAAUCAUGCUUGCAAUUUCCUUUUCAUAUUAUAAUUAGCUUCAGUAGCAAUAAACCUAUAUGUAUUGUGAUGAAUGUGAUGGUGUAAUAAUUUUAUGUUCUUGUUAGGACUGGGCAUAUCGAAUCGAAAAAAAAAUUAUUCGAAUCAGUUCAGAGCAAAAUUUCGAAUUGCCGCCAUUUUUUCCGCCAAUGGCCAAGAUGAAUUACCCAAUUUUUUUUAUUGAAGCUAUAUUUUUCAACGUAAUUCGGACAUUUUUUUUAUUUUCUGUAGUGAGUUAUUGAUAAAACAAGCUGAUUAUAGUGCCUGAACGCUCAGUAAUCUGUCGACAAUGAUGUAUUCUAUGUAUUCAGUAAUGCAUUUAUUGACAAGACGAAUUACAAUAAAUAAAGUCGCAUACAAUUAUAUAUCUCCCAAGUAUUCAAGAUUCGAUUCUAUUCGAAAAAAAUAUUCGAUUCAUUUCUGAAUAAUCAGGUAUGCCUAUUCGAAAAUACCCAGCUCUAGUUUUAUUGCAAUAAUUUUAACCGGGGUUCCGGCACUCUAAAGCUGCGCCCGUGCUGUCCAGGUGUUCCGAAAGCUCCAUUCAAAUCUGAGAGUAUGUUAUAUUCAUUUUUAUGUUUAUUGUUUAAAAGUAUAUUCACAUGCUUAUUAGGUUUGUAAGUAUAUAUUAUUAAACUUGCUUCAUUUUAAUUAUCAUAUCCUUCGUCUGUUUAUCCAACUUUUGGAUAUUUCUCUCCGAAUAGAACGGAUUGCCAAGAAUGUGUUUCUGCCAUUUGCGAUAUUUAAUUAUAUAAAACCUUUCAAGAAUUUUCGUUCGAAGUCAUUUAUCACUGGUCAUCUGAGAAAUCUCGUUGCUAGUGAAAAAAGACUAAAUGUAUCCAGUGUUACUCUGAAUCGUACAUAAGCAAUUCACUCGCUUAUACUAUACAUACAAUAGACCUGAAAUUCUUGUCAAAAAUGCGCCGAUCACCGACUCACCGAAAGUA